AGAGUUCAAAGAGCCUUUCAGCAGCUCUUGAAUAUAACUCGGAAACAGUCAGGGGUCCGAGAUUUGGACCAAACACUUUUACACUAGUUAUCGUCCCAUCUGAAUCGCGAGACCGGGAAUCAUGGCUGGACCUCCUGUUAUCAUAUGGGAGCGUGAAGUUGAGCGCUUGCUGCAUUACAGAGAGCUGAUCCCUCGUCUGGAGGAGGCUCUGGGGAAAUUCUCCAGACGAGACAGCGCAGAGGUGAUCCAGCCUGUGCGCUCCGCAGUGCCCUUGCAGAAAUACAACGGCUACCUGGGAUUGAUGCCUACAUACAUGGAGAAUGACGGACUCCUGUCCACAAAGUUAGUGUGUUUCUACGAUAGGGAAGUUGGUUCAACGUUGCCUGCCAUUAAAGCCACGGUGGUGCUGCUGGACCCAGAGUAUGGGAAUGUAAAGGCUGUCAUGGAUGGAGAUGUCAUCACAGGCAUGAGGACAGCUGCAGCCUCUGCCAUCUCUGCUAAGCUGCUGAUGCGUCCUGAAGCAGAGGUGCUGGCCAUCUUGGGGACCGGCAAACAGGCCCUGAGUCAUUACAAUGUCUUCACAGAGAUGUUUUCAUUUAAAGAGGUGCGUGUGUGGAGCCGCACAAGAGAGAGAGCGGAGAGGUUUUGCCAAUCUGUCAGUGGUCCGGUGACAGCAUGCAUCUCAGUGGAGGAGGCGGUGAGGGGAGCAGACGCCAUUGUGACAGUAACCACAUGUACAGAGCCAGUGCUCUUUGGUCAGUGGGUCAAACCCGGAGCCCAUGUGGCAGCGGUGGGAGCUUGCAGGCCAAACUGGCGGGAGCUGGACGACGUGUUGAUGAAGGAGGCGGUGGUGUACACUGACAGCAGGGAGGGAGCAAUGGCUGAGUCCGGGGACGUCAUUCUCUCUGGGGUUGAGGUAUUCGCAGAGCUUGGAGAUGUUAUUAACGGGACAAAACCCGCCCACAGAAACAAGACAACAGUGUUCAAAUCCCUUGGAAUGGGAGUUGAGGAUGCAGUGUCAGCAAAACUGGUAUUUGAACAAUGGAAAGCCAAAGCCAGCCAACCAUGAAGUGACCGUGUACUUAAAACCUGACAUCUUGACCUUUAUGCCACGCAAGCUGAUAAAGAUCAAGGCAAUAUAAGAAAGUACAAGAAAUAAUAUUUCAAUCUAAA